AUGACGAGAUUCAUACUAUGCAGCCUCUUCGUAUUCCUCCUACUUGCGCAAUUAUCUUUACAAACAUAUAUUUCAGUAAUAGAAGACGAGAUCAAAGAACUCAGUGAAAUCAGUUUUGAAAAUGCAUUAUCUGGGAAAAGAAGCUCUAAAAUCGCCAAGAAAGCCGGAGAGAAGUGGAGGCACCAAAAGGAAAAAAUAAACAAGCAGCUGGCUAGUCGAAACAAGACACUUGACAACUACGUCGUUUGUAAAUCUAAAUAUUUCACAUCGCAUCACAAUGCAGCUGUCUAUCGAGAUCUGCUGACGACAAUCGAAGAGAUAAAAAGACAACAUGCGGGAUUCUUCAAAGAUUACAGUGAUUUGGUUGCAAAGUUUCAAGACAAAUUGAACAGAAAUGAAAGAAAACGUGUGCUUCCAAAGUACCAGAAGUGUGACAAACAUCUCCCUAUUAAGAAGAAUAAAGGUAAUUGAAUUUCAAUAAUUAUGUACAGCUUAGACACUCUUACAGUACAUCAUCUCACAUUUAUACGCCUUUUGGAUGUAUCACAGAGUGAAAUAGUUUCAUUCACUACUUGGUGUUUCGUAAACAAUUAUUUGUUCAUAAUGAUGUCGACUGUGUUUGAAACGUGACAUGUCGAAUUGACAAAUUAAUAUGGAGUUCAAUUUUAAUGCUGAUUUGACUAGCUGAUUAACAAAAAUUCCUGACGUCAUGUUUGAAAUGCUGAUGGAUCAUUGAUGUGUGAUUGUACAGUUAUCAGAAGAAAAGCAGAAGUAUAAGUUGAGGAGAAAACCAUGAAUUAGAUUAUCAAAAAUAUUCCCCGCUAUUAGAAUCAUUUGUAAACAUUUAUCAGGUUAUUCCUGACUACCAUACACAUGGAAUUCAUAAGAUG